AUGCCUGCAAUGAAGAUGAUGGUGAAAAAGUCCACUGGAGGUGUGGCUCCUCAGAUGGUGCUUACAAUGCCUGACCAGAGCUCCUCAGUUGCACCGGUUCAAGGCAUGGAUGUAUGCGAUGACGGGUCCGACCAUAACAAUUUUUGUAUCAUCUGCAGAGACGGCUCUGACAAGGCCAACUCACUCAUAUGCUGCAAUUAUUGCCCCCAGGUUACUUGCCUGAACUGCAUGGACAUUCCACAGCAGUUCCGACAGGCAAUCAUGUCUGAGGACGUGAUCUUCUGGGGCAUCAUGUGCCACAUCGGCCAGCAACUGGUGGAUGAAACCCCCCAGCCAUACUUUGGCUUCUACAGGGGUGGGCUGGAGGUAUUGGACAAAUUCCUCCCGAUCCUCGCCACUCUUGAAGUCUCCAAACAAGCCUAG